AUGCCGCCACGACUACCAGUCCCCCAAUGCCUUCGGGCUGAUGCGACGUCCUACACAUGCAUCUACACCCGCAGCUUCACCUCCUCCGUCCCAUCCUCAGUCUCCGCCUCCGCGCAAGCCUCGAAAGCGGCCCAGCAUCGCCGAACACAUGACCCCUACGCCAUUGCCCAAGCGAAAGCGCGAAAAGCUGCAAACCUCAGCCGGCGGACAGUAUUAAAGGAGGAGAGGGCAGCCAGUCUUGGCAACGCUGUGCUGGGCAUCGAGACCCCCUUCCUCCGCUCCUUCGACACCGCCACUAGAUCUACCGCGUCAGAAGAUCAACCUCGCCACACCGCACCUACAGACUCCACCCAACGCCGCAACUUCUUCCUCACCCAGCAAGAAAUCGACGCCGAAAUCAAACACAGCGAGAAACUCUUCACCCUCCACCCCGACGACCCCCGCGACUACGAUAACGAUUACACCACCGAAUCCCAGCAGCAGCAACAACGCGAAGAAGACCAAGCCACCGCCUCCGAAGCCCUCAAACGCAUCUCGAGCCUCACCCUCGGCAGCUCAGAAGACAGGAGAAGAGUGAACAUCCAACGCUGCAUCUCCACCUUCGGCCGCCACGCCACCGACAACCACCUCACCAGCGUCUCCCGUCCCGACGCUCCCAUCGCGAAAGUCGAGGAGGAGAAAGCCGAUCAAGGGUGGGUGAUCCCGCGUGUAGGGCCGGAUACGGGGAGUAGUGAAGUUCAAAUCGCUAUUCUCACCGCCAAGAUCCGCACAUUGUCCGAGUUCUUGCAAGGGAGGGGCAGGAUGGACAAGGUGAAUAAGAGGAAUUUGAGAUUACUGGUGCAUAGACGGCAGAAGUUGUUGAGGUAUUUGCAGAGGAGUGAUAAGGGGGGGUCGAGGUGGCAGCAUUGUAUUGAGAUGUUGGGGCUGACGGAGGGGACUUGGAAGGGGGAGAUUAGUUUGUAA